ACAUUCAACCAUUGAUCGUUCUGGGGAUAGACUUGCCACCAAUUCUUUGCUUACACUUUCACCUACUUCGCCCGCCUGUAACUGGCGAACAGUCAGAUGUCUUCGUACGGAAUGCAGGGUGAAUUCAGGCAGCCUUACAGCAAGGGACAUGUGCUGCUGCUCCAUUGAUUACGACUUUCUCCAAAAUAUCUCAUGGCCCUCCUUUGGCUUGGCCAACAAGUCGUGAGCACCAGUAACCGGGUCUGGUUUCCAUUGAGUCGGUCGCUCUCAUGCAGCAGUAGAGUUCAGCAGAGCUGGACGGACUCACGUGAGCAGCCUGUGGAGUCGCCUGAAGGCCCUGUGUUCUCACGCUCAUCCAUAGGAACGUUCUUUCAAGACAAGCCUCUCCUAAAGAACCCCUUCCUAGAAGAUGCCUUAUUGCGAAAUUACCUGCGGAGACAUUUACCUUCACGGGACGUGGAGGAGGACUUGACUAAGUUUGGGGAGCGCAUUGUGCAGGAGGUCGAUGCUCUGGGUCUGGAGUGUGAGGAGAACCCUCCUCGCCUGAAGCACUUCGAUGCGUGGGGCCGCAGGGUGGACCGCAUCCUCACCUGUCCCGCCUGGGCCUGCAUGAAGGAGAUCUCCGCCGAGGAGGGCCUGGUGGCUGCCGGCUAUGAGAGACGCUAUGGAGAGUGGAGCCGCGUGUACCAGAUGUCUAAGCUCUUCCUCUACGCUCCUUCAGCUGGUCUGUACUCCUGCCCUCUUGCUAUGACUGAUGGAGCAGCCAAAGUAAUUAAGUCGUUAGGCGAAGCCUCGUCAGUGGAGGAGGCGUUUCAGAGACUGACCUCCCGUGAUCCCAAGCGUUUUUGGACCUCGGGUCAGUGGAUGACGGAGCGCAAGGGGGGUUCUGAUGUUGCUAGUGGGACUGAGACAGUGGCCUGGCCGCAAGCUGAUGGCACCCACAAGCUCCAAGGCUUCAAGUGGUUCACAUCUGCAACUGAUGCGGAUAUGACGCUCACACUAGCACGGAUACCGGACAAAGAUGGACGAACUAAACAGGGCAGUGGAGGUCUGUCUCUGUUUUACGCUGAGGUGCGGGAUGGGCAGGGGAACCUCAAUGGCAUUGAGGUCCAGCGGCUAAAGGACAAGCUGGGCACACGCCAGAUGCCCACGGCUGAGGUCCUGCUGCAUGGCCUACCAGCACACAGGAUAUCAGAGGAAGGCAGAGGAGUGGCCUCCAUUGCUAACAUGCUAACCCUCACACGGAUCCACAACACAGUGUCUGCCGUGGCCUCAAUGAGAAGGAUGGUUCAAUUGAGCAGAGAGUAUGCGACCAAACGGUUUGUCUUCGGAAAGUUCUUGAAGGACCAUCCUUUACAUGUGCAAACUAUGGCUAGGAUGGAGGUGGAGACGCGCGCUGCCUUCCUGCUCCUGAUGGAGGUGUGCCGGCUGCUGGGGAGGGAGGAGGGUGGGGUCGCCUCGGACAUGGAGCUUCAUCUGCUCCGUCUGCUCACCACCGUGGCCAAACUCUACACAGGGAAACAGGCUGUGGCUGUGGUCUCUGAGGGUUUGGAGUGUUUUGGGGGUCAAGGAUACAUUGAAGACACAGGAUUACCCAGAAUGCUAAGGGAUGCACAGGUCUUAAGUAUCUGGGAGGGAACUACUAACAUUUUGGCCCUGGAUGUGCUCCGCUGCAUCUCAAAGACCUCGGGGCAAGUUUUGGACUCAUUUUUCGCUGACGUGAAGAUGAAGACAUUAGGUGUUGGAGCUGAUCAUGCCCUCCGGCCUGCUGUGGGGGCAGUGAACAGCGCCCUCUCCACCCUUGAGCAGUUCAUGCGCUCAGCUGUCCAAAGACCGCCCGCCGUCAUGGAGAUGGCAGCUCGAGAUCUGGCCUACACCCUGGCACGCGUCUAUAUGGGUGCGCUGCUUAUAAACCAUGCCUGCUGGGAUGGAGCAUCUCAGGCUGAUGUUUAUGCUGCCUUAAGAUGGUGUGAACAGGAUCUGUGUCCAGUAGUUACAAAGGAUGCCAGAAGCAACUAUGACCCAAAGACUAAAGCAAUGGAUUCAGCCCUGGUCUAUGAGGGCAGCAGCCUGGAAACAUGAGGACUUGUUGACUUGCUGACUUGCUGAGCAAGGAGAUGUGGGGUGCUCUUAUCUGGGUGGAAUUCUCAGAGUGCAGCUUUGGAAUGUGCCUUUUAGAAAGCUUCAAGAAGUGCUUAGGGUAUUCUAGUGGACAUUGCCCUGGCAAUAGCUGUUUGUGACUGAAAUACCCUGAAGGCUUGUUAAGUAUAACCACAAGCGAAGUUGUUGUUUUUUCUGCAUAGACAACAUGACCAAAGUGGUGGUAUGUUGUUUGUUGGUAACUUUGACUUGCAAUCAAUAACUUUGAGCACACAACAGUCAAUGGAUUUGAUUAUGUAUUGCUGUCGCUUGUCAGGGAUCAUUUUAAUGUUGUUGUCUGAAAAAAAUGUUAAUAUAUAAUGUAUAUAACUAGCAUUUUAUUAAUCAUAAUAACUAUGCCUUGAAAAUAUGUGUACAAAAUAACUGUAAACAAAUAAACUCGUUACCUAUGUGAUCAUUCAUUUAAAUAUUUA